AUGAACCUGCUCCUCAUGAACCUGCUCAUCAUGAACCUGCUCCUCAUGAACCUGCUCCUCAUGAACCUGCUCAUCAUGAACCUGCUCCUCAUGAACCUGCUCCUCAUGAACCUGCUCCUCAUGAACCUGCUCAUCAUGAACCUGCUCAUCAUGAACCUGCUCCUCAUGAACCUGCUCCUCAUGAACCUGCUCCUAAUGAACCUGCUCCUCAUGAACCUGCUCCUCAUGAACCUGCUCAUCAUGAACCUGCUCAUCAUGAACCUGCUCAUCAUGAACCUGCUCCUCAUGAACCUGCUCCUCAUGAACCUGCUCCUCAUGAACCUGCUCCUCAUGAACCUGCUCCUCAUGAACCUGCUCCUCAUGAACCUGCUCAUCAUGAACCUGCUCAUCAUGAACCUGCUCCUCAUGAACCUGCUCCUCAUGAACCUGCUCCUCAUGAACCUGCUCCUCAUGAACCUGCUCAUCAUGAACCUGCUCCUCAUGAACCUGCUCCGCAUGAACCUGCUCAUCAUGAACCUGCUCCUCAUGAACCUGCUCAUCAUGAACCUGCUCAUCAUGAACCUGCUCCUCAUGAACCUGCUCCUCAUGAACCUGCUCCUCAUGAACCUGCUCCUCAUGAACCUGCUCCUCAUGAACCUGCUCAUCAUGAACCUGCUCAUCAUGAACCUGCUCAUCAUGAACCUGCUCCUAAUGAACCUGCUCCUCAUGAACCUGCUCCUCAUGAACCUGCUCAUCAUGAACCUGCUCAUCAUGAACCUGCUCAUCAUGAACCUGCUCCUCAUGAACCUGCUCCUCAUGAACCUGCUCCUCAUGAACCUGCUCCUCAUGAACCUGCUCCUCAUGAACCUGCUCAUCAUGAACCUGCUCAUCAUGAACCUGCUCCUCAUGAACCUGCUCCUCAUGAACCUGCUCCUCAUGAACCUGCUCCUCAUGAACCUGCUCAUCAUGAACCUGCUCAUCAUGAACCUGCUCCUCAUGAACCUGCUCCUCAUGAACCUGCUCCUCAUGAACCUGCUCCUCAUGAACCUGCUCCUCAUGAACCUGCUCAUCAUGAACCUGCUCCUCAUGAACCUGCUCCUCAUGAACCUGCUCCUCAUGAACCUGCUCCUCAUGAACCUGCUCCUCAUGAACCUGCUCAUCAUGAACCUGCUCAUCAUGAACCUGCUCCUCAUGAACCUGCUCAUCAUGAACCUGCUCAUCAUGAACCUGCUCAUCAUGAACCUGCUCCUCAUGCACCUGCUCAUCAUUAACCUGCUCAUCAUGAACCUGCUCCUCAUGCACCUGCUCAUCAUUAACCUGCUCAUCAUGAACCUGCUCCUCAUGAACCUGCUCAUCAUGAACCUGCUCCUCAUGAACCUGCUCCUCAUGAACCUGCUCAUCAUGAACCUGCUCAUCAUGAACCUGCUCCUCAUGAACCUGCUCCUCAUGAACCUGCUCCUCAUGAACCUGCUCAUCAUGAACCUGCUCAUCAUGAACCUGCUCCUCAUGAACCUGCUCAUCAUGAACCUGCUCAUCAUGAACCUGCUCAUCAUGAACCUGCUCAUCAUGAACCUGCUCCUCAUGAACCUGCUCCUCAUGAACCUGCUCCUCAUGAACCUGCUCCUCAUGAACCUGCUCAUCAUGAACCUGCUCCUCAUGAACCUGCUCCUCAUGAACUUUAAAAAUGGCCGCCAAGGCAUCAGCGGUCCUGCUGUUUUUAGAUGCCUUUUGUCUGAAUAG